AUGACGUCCGAUGGGGCAACUUCGACGUCAGCUGCACUUGCGGCAAAUGCAAGGAGGAAGCCGUCGUGGAAGGAGAGAGAGAACAAUAGGAGGAGAGAGAGGAGGAGAAGAGCUAUAGCUGCAAAAAUAUUUACUGGGCUAAGGGCUCAAGGGAAUUAUAAUCUGCCUAAAUAUUGUGACAAUAACGAGGUGUUAAAAGCGCUCUGUGCUGAGGCUGGUUGGGUUGUUGAAGAAGAUGGAACUACUUAUCGCAAGGGACACAGGCCACCUCCAAUUGAGAUGGUAGGUACUUCGACGAGAGUAACUCCAUACUCAUCCCAAAAUCCCAGUCCGCUGUCUUCAUCGUUUCCUAGCCCGAUUCCUUCCUACCAAGUCAGUCCCUCCUCCUCUUCAUUUCCUAGCCCGACUCGUGGUGAUAACAAUGCCUCUUCUAAUCUCCUUCCAUUCCUUCGAAGUGCCAUUCCGUCGUCUCUUCCUCCUCUCCGAAUCUCAAACAGUGCCCCUGUAACCCCACCUCUCUCGUCCCCGACCUCAAGAAAUCCCAAGCCAAUUCCCAACUGGGAUUUCAUUGCCAAACAAUCCAUGGCCUCCUUCAACUACCCUUUCAAUGCCGUGUCUGCCCCGGCUAGCCCAACUCAUCGUCAGUUUCAUGCUCCAGCCACUAUACCUGAAUGUGAUGAGUCUGAUACAUCCACCGUUGAGUCUGGUCAGUGGAUAUGCUUUCAAAAGUUUGUACCUUCUGUGGCUGCAGCAAUGCCAACCUCUCCUACCUAUAAUCUUGUGAAACCUGUGGCUCAGCAAAUUUUGUCGAACAAUUGGGUCAAAGAGAAUGGAAUGCCCAUGGAUUUUGAGUUUGGUGGUGAACAGGUGAAACCAUGGGAGGGAGAGAGGAUUCAUGAAGUAGGAGUAGAUGAUCUAGAGCUCACACUUGGAAGUAGCAAGCCUCGGAGUUAG